GGAACGUCAACAAGGGGCUUGAAGCUAGGCAUGCGAGAUGGAGGGGAGGACUGAGAGGAGCCGGGCGGUCACUGACCCCGAGCGGCGGGCGGAGGAGCUGCUGAUGGAGACCAAAAUGAAGGAAAUGUUACAGGCGUCCGUAUCUGAUAUGAAGAACACGGUCGCAGAUCUGGAAAGAAAACUGAGCAGCGUGGAAGAUGAAGGCAACGAGUGGAAGACGAGAUAUGAGACACAAGUCGAGAUGAAUAAACAGUUGGAAAGACAAAUUCAUACGCUUCAAGAAAAGUCUGAAUACAUACGGGGUAAUCCAACUGAUCGGCUAUCCUCCAUUCGAUCUUAUGAUCAGAUGCCUGUGGGAGCAUUAAACCAAUAUCUUAAGCGUCUGGAGGAGGAAAAGAUCUUAAUGGAAAAUCAGCUCAAAGAUUUUGAACUCCGGAUAGAUCAAGAAGCAAAGGCGUAUUACAAAGUUAAUGAUGAAAGAAGAAUGUAUAUUUCUGAAAUCGCCCAGACCUCUGCCGCACAAGAAGCCGUCAAGAAACCGACAACCGAUCCAGCACAUGUCACGAGGGAAAAGCAAGCGCAUAAAGGUGUGCAUAAUGCUUCCACCAAGAAACAGACAACAAGUAAAAAGAAAGAUGCUACACGGAAGACUACAAAGCAGUCAAUCUCCUAAAAUGAGACAUUAGGCUGUUGACAAUCAUGCGCUAAAAAUGUACUUUGCGUGGGAUUUAAACCCAUGCCAUUGAAAAUACACAGAAGACAGCCAGAAGAUAGGACAGAAAUGUACUGAAGAUCUCGUAGCCGGUCCACAAAAAUCUGACAAACACAUGAAAGAUUUACUUCUUGUAGGCUGGGAGUGCAGCGUCCGCCUCCCCUAGCAUUUCUAUGUGAUCGGUUUAGCUUCUCGGCUAUUCUGGGUCUCAUUCUGGGGACUGGUACGUAUGUAUGUUCAGUUUCCAAGGCAAUGUAAGGGGUUUAUCGGGCUGCAUCCAUGACUCCGUAAUAAACCGCUACGCCUUUAUGAGUCAU